AUGGGUUUACAGCAUGCAGGGAACGCUUUGGGGAACCUGCGACCCCAAGACUAUAGGGAGGUGAACAUCCCUUUGGCCAACUCCCUGGCCAACGACACCACUGGUCCUUUGAAGAAGACACGUCCGAAUGCCUGGAACAUGGUCAACCCUCCGAAGGGCGCUGAGGGACGACACCUACCACUUGGGACGUCCAUCCGCCACGGGGCUCGAGGCAGCUGGCAUUUUGGACAGCUGGAACUGUUGGCCGGCGGCGAGCUGGAAUUUGUCCUGGCCAAGCGCGUCUCCACUGGAGGUGAUGAUUGGGAACCUCUCUUUCGGGAGCCCGAAAUCUUCACCACGCUGCAGGGCACCAAAGCGAUGGAUUUCUGCUAUGAGCUGGAGCAUCAGAUGCGCCAGGUGGGCGUGGACAUCCUCACGAUGAACACGGAGUACGGCGAGGGUCAACUGGAGAUCACCUUCGCGCCCAGGUUCGGCAUCGAGGCCGUGGAUCAGAUGGCCACCUUCCGCUUGGGCACCAAGGAGAUCGCACAGGCCGCUGACCUCCGUGCAACCUUCAUGGUCCCUGGGACGCAGAUCGCAGAAGAUUUGCUCACUGGCCGGAAUUUCUCCAUUUGGUCUCCAACACAGACUCCCCGCACCGACGAGGGUGCCAGCUCGCUGCUGGGCAGUGGAUUGGGCGGAGUGGCGUGUCAUCCGGCAUAUGCGGAGAGCCACAGCACAAUUGGUUUCAGCUUCGAAGAUCCGCCGAGCCGACUGCAAACGAGUACCAUGACCUGUUGCAUGACCACGGUGACGCUCUGUCCAGGAAAGGAUGGUAUGUUUCCAAAAGCCGCUUUGGACACGAGCGGUGGCAUGCUUUUGGAUGUUAACUGGACACGAGCGUGGUGUUCGGAAGACUUGGACCAUGCGAGGGCGGAUGCUGAUGGACUCUCCGACUCUGCAAAGUCCUUUUUAGCAGGCGUUCUGGCCCACGCACCGGCACUGGAAGCUUUGUGUUCGCCCACGCCGCCCUGCUAUUGCCGCCAUGGGAACUGGGCACCCACUGUGGCCAACUGGGGCUUCGACGACCGCACGGCCUGCGUGCGCGUGAAGAGCGACAAGAAGGGUCCACCGGGCAGUUGCUACAUGGAACUCCGAAUGCCAUCAUCUUCAGCCAAUCCCUACUUGGUCAUCGCCGGCUUGGUCGCCAGUGGUUUGGAUGGUUUGCAACGGAAGCUGGAACUGCCACCACAACGCCAAAGCGAGGCCUUCAGUGUCAGUUGGUGGAUACAAUAG